UUCUAGCGCGCUUUUGUGACGUAGUAGUGAGGCUUGCCAUCAUGGCGACGGACGGCGAAAUGAGCGAAAAUAGGGAGCUCGGAGAGCCUUCAGCCAUGGAGGCUGCUGAGGUUCCCACGUUAACUCUACCAGAGAUGUCAGACGAGAAUGGCUUCACAAACUCGGCCUCUGAGGCCUUUGCAAAGGCAGAUACUGCUUCCUUCUCACUGCCUCCAGCCACAGAUGAGGAAGUCGAUAUGCCAGCAGACUUUGACCGUCUCUGGAAUACCGCACACGACAACUCUCAAGACUUCACUAGUUGGACUGACCUGUUGCAAUACUGUGAGCAAGAGGGCCACAUUGCAGCAUCACGGAGAGCCCUGAUGGCCUUCCUCGGCCGCUAUCCACUCUGCUAUGGUUAUUGGAAAAAAAUUGCUGAUUUGGAGCGUCGUGCGGGUAACAACGACAAAGCAGCAGAGGUGUGUCUUCAGGGUCUUCAGGCAAUCCCUCUGAGUGUCGAUCUGUGGAUCCACUACAUCAAUCUACUUUUGGGAACACUGGACAUGAACCAGCCAGAUUCGCCCAAGCGUAUUCGCAGUGUGUUUGAGGACGCGGUUGGAGCAGCAGGCCUGGACUUCCACUCAGAUCGGCUGUGGGAUCUGUAUGAUGAAUGGGAGAAGGAGCAAAGCAACUUGAGGAACGUCACAGCUGUGCUAGACAGAGUCCUCAAAGUUCCCACGCAGCACUACAACGCGCACUACGAAAAGUUCAAGACCCACCUGAGCAGCAAUGAGCCCAAAGAAGCACUUUCACCGGAGGAAUAUGAGGAGGUGAGAGCCUUAUGCCGGGAGACCCAGAAAGUAGAGCGUGCCGAACAGGCCAAGGAGAAAGGAAAAGAGAUGCCGCCCGGAGAGGAAGAACCCGUCACACCUGAGGACACAGACUCGGAGGAGCUGAUGCAGAGGAUUAGAGAGCAAGUGUUGCUCCGCCGGGACGCAAUUUACCAGGAGAACGAAAAUGAAGUUCGCAAGAGAUGGAAUUUUGAAGACACUAUCAAACGUCCUUACUUCCAUGUGAAGCCGCUUGAUCAAAUCCAGCUGCGUGGUUGGCACUCCUACCUUGACUGGGAGCUUGCCCAGCUGAGCAAAGACCCCGAAGAAGACUGUAACAAAGAUUCAAACAAGAUGGACACAGAUGUCAAAGAGAUCACUGAGGAACCGGAAGUGACAGCUCAGAUUGAGCAAGGAACGGGCGAAACCGAGGUUGCCCGUGACGACCGCCGACUUCGUGUUCUCUUUGAGCGCUGUCUGAUAGCCUGUGCUCUCUAUGAGGAAUUCUGGACCAGGUACAUUCAAUACCUGGAGUCGCGCUGCGUGGAUGAAGUUCGAGCUGUCUACAAGCGAGCCUGUCUUCACCUGCCGUCCAAUCCUAACCUCCAUAUGCGGAGGGCCACCUUCGAGGAGAGACAUGGCGACCUGGCCGAGGCUCGGCGGGUGCUGGAGGCUCUGGAUAAAAACAUGCCAGGUUUGGCCGUGGUUCGUAUCCACAGGGCCGCUUUGGAGAGGAGGGCGGGCCAACUCGAGCAAUCAGAAGCUCUCCUGCAGGAGGCGGUGAGCCAAUCGACAGAGAAGCCUAUCUUGCACGCCUUCUACUCCAUCAAGCUCGCUCGGCUGCUGUUGAAGCUCGGCGGAAACCCUGGCAGAGCUCGCAGCAUUUUACAGGAAGCGCUCGAGAUCAGUCCGGGUAAUGACAAGCUGCACCUGAACCUGCUGGAGUUGGAGGCAUCCAGCGAGCCAGGGUCCUCGGCCCAGGCGGUUCAGGAAUGUGUGACACGAGCCCUGGCGGCGCCUCUCGCACCGCGCACCAAGAUCCUCCUCUCACAGCGCUGCCUCCAGUUUGUAGAAGAGUACAGCAACUCUGUCCAGAGUGUGCUGUCUGUCUACGAAGAGCACCAGAAGCUGCUCAAAGAGCUGGGCGGGACAAAGAGAGAGGCAGAAAACGGGGAUGAGGGCCAAGAGAAGCUGAUCAAAGGUGAUGAUGCCCCAGCAGAUGGCACUUCAGCACAAGUCCCGCCCACUGAUCCCCAGGCCCCAAUCACAGUUCCGCCUCCCCCAGAGAUGACCAUGGAUGUGAGCGCCCAAUCCGGCGGCUAUGGAGGAUACAACAACUGGUAUCAGCAACAACAGUACGGGAGUUACGGCUACCCAAACACCUGGAACUACAACCAGGGAUACUAUCCACCCAGUUAAAGGUGGCUGAGAGUGGUGCACCAGGACAGGAAAAAAAAAAAAAGAAAAAACACCAGUCCUUCCAAGUUUGGUUUUCAUCAAAUGUUUCCCA